AUGUCUCCAUUUUUCUCUUUAUUUUUAUUUUUAUUAUUUUGUAUAUCUAAUAAUGAAACAGCUAAAAUUCUUUUUACUUUUUAUCAUGAUCGAGGUAGUCAUUUUGGAUCAAUGCUGCCUUUGAUGGAAAAAUUAGCCUCUAAUGGUCAUUCAGUUUAUGCUUUGGAUACUAUAUUUUCAAUUAACAAAUCUAAAUUAAUUAAUUACCAUCGAGCACAAUUGCCACAAGACGAUGAAGGGGAAGAAGCUAAAAAGGCUUUUGCUCAUUUCCUUUGGUGUGAAACAGAUUCCUCGGUUACUCUUGAUGAAUUCUUUGAACAUGGAGACAAUAAAAUUGGAAUAUUAAUGAUUAACCACACAGAAAAGGCAAAAAUAAAAUUAAAUAAAAAUAUUUUGAAAAUAAUUUUUUAAAAUUAUAAAAAAUCUAAUCCGAAUUAUCAGAAAAUAUUUUUAAAACUUAUUUUAAUUCUCCUGAUUCUGUUCUAAUUAUCAUUUUAUCUUAACCUAUUUGUUUAUUUUUUAUUGUAUUAACAAUUUAUUCUCAAUAGCUUUAAAAAAAUUUUUUAGGAAUUGUUAGAUUAUUUCAAGUCACUUUUCUCUUUCUCCUCAAAACAACUAACAAUAAGAGUCCCCCUCUGCCCAGGGAACCUCUUUUUUUAUUUCCAGCCCUCCUUUAUUUUAAUUUCAACACAACAUUUUCAAUUAUUUAUCGUAUUAUCUUGCACCAUUUUAUUUUUCUUCUCCUUUUUUUCCUUCUUUCAAAAAAGUUUAG